GCAAAAGGAUCUGUGUUCAGCUGAUCACAGUUUUCCUGAAUAAAUACCAAUGAAAAAUCAAACCACAGUGACAGAAUUUAUUCUCCUGGGACUUUCCAGUGACCCUCAGAUGCAGAUUUUUCUCUUCUCAGUAUUUUUAGUUAUUUACCUAAUUACUCUGGGUGGUAAUAUAGUGAUCAUGGUGGUCAUAAGAGCUGAUUCUCACCUUCACUCCCCUAUGUACUUCUUCCUUUUCCACUUAGCCUUUGUUGAUAUCUGCUAUUCUUCGGUCACAGUGCCUUACGCGUUGAGGAACUUCCUAGCAGUGCACAAAACUAUUUCUGUCAAUGGCUGCAUUGCUCAGAUAUUCUUCUUCUUCCUCUCAGCUGGUACUGAAAUUUUCAUUCUCUCAGCCAUGGCUUAUGACCGCUACGCUGCCAUCUGCGAUCCAUUGCAUUACAUGGAGAGAAUGAGCAAAAGGAUCUGUGUUCAGCUGGUGAGUGGGGCAUGGAUCACAGCCUUCUUUUAUGGCCUUCUUAACAAUAUUUUUACUCUGAAGUUGCAUUUCUGUGGGUCCAACCAAAUCCAUCAUUUCAGCUGUGAGAUCCCUCCCCUGUUACAACUGGCCUGCACUGACACCUUCACCAAUCAAGUGGUGCUUCUUACUUCUUUUGUGAUAUUUGGGUCAAGCUCCUUCCUCCUCAUGCUGAUCUCCUACAUUUACAUCAUCUCCACCAUCCUGAGGAUACGAUCUGCGGAGGGCAGGCGUAAAGCCUUCUCCACCUGCAGCUCCCACCUAAUUGUGGUUGGCUUGUUGUACUUCACAGCUUUUUUCCAGUACACAAAAUCCAGCUCAGUAUCUUCUGUGGUGCUGGAUGAAAUAUUCUCCAUCCAGUACAGUGUCUUUACCCCCAUGUUAAACCCCAUCAUCUACAGCCUGAAAAACAAGGAGGUGAAAACAGCUCUAAGGGAAAUGUUGGGAAAAUUAAAGUUUCUCAAGUAAUGUUGAUGAUCUUAAAUAAAUUUAAAUACAUAUUUUUACAUCA